GUGGAGCCUCCAACUCCUAAUAAAGUCGUCACCGCCCUCAGACGCGAUUCUUCAGCUUAGAUUUCUUGUCAUCGCCGAGAUCCAUAGAAUACCAUGCCGUUCAAUACAGAGCUUACACGUGCCCUUGGUAUCAGGAUACCCGUUGUCCAAGGUGGCAUGCAAUGGGUAGGCUACGCCGAGUUGGCCUCCGCCGUCUCCAACGCCGGCGGUCUAGGAAUCCUCACGGCCCUCACACAACCCACCCCUGAAGACCUCCGCAAAGAGAUCCGCCGCUGCCGCACCAUGACCAAGUACCCAUUCGGCGUAAACCUCACCCUCCUCCCCGCCAUGGUGCCCCCCGACUACGCCGCCUACGCGCGUGUCAUCAUCGAAGAGAAGGUGAAGAUAGUAGAGACAGCCGGCAACUCGCCCGGCCCCGUAAUCAAGCAGCUGAAAGCCGCCGGGACCACGAUCCUGCACAAGUGCACCACAAUCCGACACGCACAGUCGGCUGUAAAGCUCGGCGUCGACUUCCUCAGCAUCGACGGCUUCGAAUGCGCCGGUCACGUCGGCGAGACAGACAUCACGAACUUCAUCUUGCUGUCGCGAGCGCGCCAGAGCCUAGGCGUGCCAUUCAUCGCAUCAGGUGGAUUCGCAGAUGGUCAGGGCCUCGCUGCAGCGCUGGCGCUGGGCGCAUGCGGGAUCAACAUGGGAACGCGCUUCAUGUGCACUGUCGAAGCACCGAUCCACGACAACAUCAAGAAAGCGAUUGUGGACGCGCAGGAAACGGAUACUGCGCUCGUUCUGCGGCGCUGGAAGAACACAUCAAGGCUGUUUGCGAAUAAGGUCGCGCUGCAGGCUGUGGACAUCGAGAAGACGUCGCCCACGGGGAAGUUUGAAGAGGUCGCCGAGUAUGUGAGUGGGAAGCGGGGACGCCAGGUUUUCUUGAAUGGCGAUCCGGAUUUUGGCGUUUGGACUGCCGGACAGGUCAUUGGGUUGAUUCAUGAUAUUCCGACCAACGAGGAAUUGCUGAAGCGCAUUGAGAGGGACGCGAUCGAGACCAUGAGGCAGAAUCAGACGCUCUACGUUGAGGAGGGGCAGGAGGGUGUUGCACCUAAUGCGAGUAUUGGGAAGAAAGAUAACAAUCCUGGCGCGGAGAUUUGGGGCAUUGGGAAGAGUAAGCUGUGAGCGAGUAAGGCGAGCUCAGUGUGAAUGGUAGACUACGAAGACACGAAAAUCAAUGCAUUCAGUGAAUGACAUUCAGACGCUCUUAAGCGC